AAUGAGAAUUUACAACAAGCUUACGAAACCAUUGCAUAUAUGACAACUGACGAUUUAAUGAUUCAGCAACAUUUGGAUGAAGAUUCUCCAUUUAAUUCAUUUGAAUCAAGUCAUUAUCUUGAUCGUAAACAAGUGAUCAGAAAUUUACCAAAUGAAAUUGAUAUUUUUGAUACUCCAAUUGAAAAAAUUGAAAAAAUUUAUGAAAAUUUAAGUAAAUUAGAUAAUGAUAAAUCAGUUCAAUUAAAAUAUUUUAAAAGAUAUUUAAAAAAUUAUGAUGAUCCAAUAAUUCAAUUAUUACAACAAUUCAAUAAGAUCAAUGAUAAAUUUAAGUUAUUAAGAAGAAAUGAAGUUGAUAAUUUAGCUUUAGCUCCAAAUGCUUUCCUUUAUAAAGAAAAUUUAUGUAAUAAUCCUUAUAAUGUUUUGGGUUUUGAUAGAUCAAUAACCGGUAUACCUUUAAGAACUGGAAAGCAUAAAUUAACCGAUCAUUGCUACCCUCAAGAGUUUAUUGAAGAUUUACAAAUGUUUAGGAAAAAAUUACCUUUAAACAAACGUGAUUUGAAUUUUAUUGAACUAGAAGAUAAUUCAGUAACUUUUGAUCCUUCCAAACUGCAAAAAAAAAUAUCUAAGAAUGAAUUGAAUAAAUUUUUAAGUUCAAUUUAUAAAGAAUUAGAAUUCCCAAAAUUUGCAAUUUCAAUUAAUGAUAUUUCAAAUUACCAUAAUUUAGAAUCUAAUUCAACUUAUCUUAUUAAUGAAAUUGAAUAUGAACUAUUACAAUUUAAAAAAUCAUUACAAAAAGAAAUUGAAAUUUUCAUGGCGUCAAAUGGUAAGAAAAUUCUCUUAUUAACCCCUCAAGAUUUAAAAGUUAAUCAAUUUAGAUUAGGUGAAUCUGAAUCUAGAGAAACUACCCUCAAUAAUUCAUUAAUGAUUAUAAAUUAUAACUUCAAGAACUUCAAUCUAAUCCCAGGCUUUGGUAUGCUAUUAACUUCAAGAAGACAUUAUAAUUACAUGUACAGACAUUUGUUCAAAAUCUUCCUAAUCAAUUUAGAAGAUCAAAUUGAUACUCUAUACAGAGUCAAAUAUUAUAACCAAUCUAAAAUGAAACAUUUCAUGAACAGUGUUAAAUUGAAAAUUAAAGAUAUCAUCAAUAAAAAGUUAAUGAAAAUAGUUUUGGAUAAAAAAAUUCCAUCCAUGAAUUCAUUAGAUGCUUUGCUCCAUAAAUCUAAUGCAAAUACCGCUUUCAAAAGAAUCUGGUGGGUUAAUAAUCACUACAGAAACACUUUCGCUCCUCAAAGACCCGGCUCAAAGGAUAAAAAAUCCUCCUUUCACAUAAAUCAUCAAGAUUUUAAUGAAUAUAUGAAGUUGCAACAAGACAAAAGACUAAAUUAUAAUGGUGAAGUAGUUUUGAAGAACGUGCGAAGUUCAAAACAUUGA